UGUACGUGGGGUUUCUCUGUUUCUCUCUCGAAAAAGUAUGGCUGAAAACAAUGAAAGUAAGCGGCCAUCUGGGCGGAAGAAGAUCGAGCUGAAGAGAAUAGAGAAGCAUUCGAGGCGAAUAGUGACGUUCUCGAAGCGGCGCAAGGGUCUUUUCAAGAAAGCCGCCGAGCUUUCCGCCAUGUGCGGUGCCCAUGUCGCUGUCUUCGUUCUCUCUCCGAAAGACAGACUCUACACCUUCACUCACCCAACUGCUGACUCUGUUAUCGACCGCUUCUUAAGCCAACGCAACAACAACAACCUAGAGGGAUCAUCAUCAUCAGCUUGUGAUCAGAUUCUUCAGUCUGAGUGGGAAAAGUCCAUAGACAACAUGGAGUUGGAGGAGCUUGAGGGUUACAUGGCGGCCAUGUUAGAGUUCAAGAAAGAGGCAUACAUGGAGCAGGUUGACGAGACCGAUAUCCGGACAAUGGUUACUAGAGAGUUUUUCCCUUUGCGUCCGAUCGAGAAGCCUGAUGUUAAUAACGAUUAUGAAAGAUGAUAAAACUUGGAGUUUUGGUUCCACUUUGAUUUGCUGCUCCUGCUUUUGGCUUUCUUUCAUGGGUGAAGAUAGAAGGAGGGGUUUCCUUAAUUUUCUUUGUUCUUUUCUUUCUUUCUUUUUCUUUGUCCUCUCGAAUUGGUGAGGCAAUAAUGCAGUUGGGUUUGAGUUUUCUUUAACAUUCUUUGUUUUAAUUUUUGAACUAUCAUUUUUCAUGGAUGCUAAACAAGCAUA